ACAAGAAAACAACAUGCUACACCUGUGGGAACUUUAUUGUUUUCCUCGAUAUGGAAACUAAGUCGAGGAAGACUCUGCAGAGUCCUGGUUCUGGUAUUGGGGCCUUUACAGCCAGUGGGCAUAGCAGGUGUCUUGCCUUCUCUGACCUCAAACUCAAUCCUUCCAUCUUUGUCUACAACUAUCCAGAGCUUGAGCAGGUGUGUAAACUGAAAGGCACAACUAAACUGGGCUAUACAGCUUUGGCGCUGUGUGACACUGGCCCUUAUUUAGUCUGUGCUUCCUCCAUGCCUGAUCACACCAUCUCAUUAUGGAACUGGGAGAGCAGCGUUCUCCUUUGUAGCCAUCCACUCUUGGGAGAGGACGUCACAGCAUUGGUUUUUAACCCCAUGAACUGGUGUCAAAUUGGUGCUGUAAAUUUGAGGUCCCUUACUAUCUGGAAUGUUGAAAGAUGUGACGACUAUCAUUUGAUGAAGCCUAGUGCUGUCGAUCUCCCCGCCGCCGAUGGUUCAGUUACUGAGUGUGAAGCAAACCUGUCUUGUAUGCUCAGUAGGAAGUUGACACACUUAGGUCCUCAGAUGCCCAUUUCAGCAAUCGCUGGACUGAGUGGAGACAGAGCUGACGAUUUUGUGCCUUUGAAACAAAUAAAACCAAAACUGUGUCCAAGUGCCAUCUGCUGGUCAACUUCUUCUGACCUAUAUGUUGGUUCCAAGGAAGGUUUCCUGCUUUGUGUGGAUCCUGACACUUUGCUUGUCUCUGUCCUAUAUAAACCUCAAACUGAAUUAAAUCCCACGGAUGACAGUAAAACAUCCCUGCAGGAAGGCAGCUUCCAGAGCUUAGUAAUACAAGACUGUAAUGUUUUUGCUGCAGGAAUGGAAGGCAUUUUACGAAACAUACAAAUUAAAGGAAACAAAUUGGAGGUAGUGCAGACUUGGGCUUUGGAGGAGGCAGCCUCGUCUAUAUGCUUUCCCCCCGAUGGUGAGACACUGCUGAUAGUUUCUAAUACAGUAAGUGUUUAUAUUUUAUGA